AUGUCCAUCCUGCUCACACCACCAUCAGCUCAGAACCACGACGAUGCCGCUGUCACAUACGUGAUGAAGGUCAAAAACCUGGACAAGGACCUCGAAGAGUGGCUUGAAAUUACUCGCUGGCAUGAUGUCACUUACCGUGCCGCGAAGCUCAGCUACCACCGAACUGCACAAAGUGUGAAGGAGAAGCGUGCUAUUCUCAUGCAAGACGAGGCUAAGCUACAAGAGUUCGAGAGCAAGUACGGUCGCUCUUCCCCUAACACUCGAGACAUUGCUGGAAUCGCACCUACCUCGACCAUCGGCGGCAGAACCCGGUUGGACAACGGUUCUGUACUUGGUGAAAACGAAAAGUAUGGCCUGUCGCAGUAUCAUGAGGCCAUUGGCCUUUUCGACAAUAGUCACGCUGACAAUCCUCACUUGGACAGUACCUACACCAAUGACAACUGGGACCCUGACAAUCGAUGCGCAGUGGAGGACACUCUUAGCGCUUCUCACUCUGUGAUCAACAAUGCCAAUGGCGAGAACAGUGGGCACAGCGGUCUGACAAACCACAACAGUGACUUGCAAAGCCCAACGCUCGAAAGUUUUACACACCCCACACAUGAGUCGGACAUCUAUGAUGGUCAAUCUGAGACACUCGGACGCAGCCGCAGCCGCAGCCCUGCUAGACCUACUCGCAAGACGGAGUGGCCCCGUGCUAAGCGCACUGUUGGACUCGCCACCAAUCUCUUUCACGAGAGACGCGAGUAUCGUGACCCGCGUUCCAACGGCUUCAAGCCCAUUAAUCUCGGCCAGAAGGGUGAUGUUCGUUUCUUCGUCAUCCGAUCCUAUAGCAUUGAGAAUGUGCAAGAUGCCAUGGAGGACGGCCUCUGGGCCACCAAGCACGACAACGCCAAGAAGCUCUGCGACAUCUUUGAGUCUGGCGUUAAGAUCAUCCUCAUCUUCGGCGCCAACAAGACUGGCGAGUUCCAGGGCUAUGCCCGCAUGACCGGCAUCCCCUCGGCCUAUAACCCCAAGCCGAAGUGGUGGAUUCGCAUCACCUGGCCCAAGAGCCUGCCCUUCACCAUUGAGUGGGUCUCCAAGCAGGCCACGUCUGAUCGUCUCACCCGCGGCCUGAAGAACAGUCUCAACGAGGGCAUGCCGAUUACGCGAUCUCGCGAUUGCCAGGAGCUCGAUGACUACUGUGGCCGCGCCUUAAUUGAUAUAAUGAACCAAGAAGCCAUGAAUGCCUAA